AUGGCGUGGUAUGAAAGAUAUCCAGAUUUACUCCAUGCUUCCGAUUCUGAGGCUGAAGAUUAUUUAAUGGUUACACAGAGCAGCGAGACUCGACAAUUAAAACGCAAACGCUCUGAAAAUAAUGAUAGAAAAAGUAUUUGUUGGAAUUAUUUCGAAGAACCAAAAGAAAUGGGAGCAGAAAUAAAAUGUACGAUUGCUGGAUGUACUACAAAAUAUACCUGGCACGGAUCUACUUCUAAUCUUGUUAGCCAUCUUAAGACUAAGCAUAAUAUAACAAAACCUUUGGAAUCUACAUCGGCUAUUCAGUCAUCCUCAACAAAUAACAACUCUAUUAUCUCUGAAUUAGAAAUCAAUCUACCACUAAUUAAUUUUAUAGUAUCAUCUUUAUUACCUUUUAGUGUUGUCGAUGAUUUAAAAUCUGCUGGACUUGCUAAUUCACAAAUUGAACAAUCUAGUUCUAACCUCAUAAAAAUACAAACAAAUGAAAUAUAUGAUCACUUGUUCUCUCAAUUAAUAUUGCUGGCCCAUCAAGCAAAAACUAUAGUGGUUUCGCGUUAUUUUAGCAAAAAACCUUGUGGAGAAUUCUAUGUAGUAAUUACUUAUUGUUGGAUGAACGAGGAUUUUGAUUUUCAUAGAAUCUUAUUAAGUGUGAAAAGAUUUUUUGAAAAAGAGAAAUAUGAAAAGAAUAAUAUUUCCGAAUAUAUUACCAGUACCAUAGAUAAAUGGAAAUUAGCUAAUUUAAGAUCUAUUAGGUGUGAUAAUUAUGACAUUAAAGACGUUUAUUUUCCAAAAUAUGAAAUUUACAAAGACCACCCACAAAACGAAUUAUUAAGCAACAGUCUAUUAUCAUGGAAGAAUUCUAUAGCAACAUCUAAUAAUAUUGAAAAAUCUUUUUCUAAUAUUUUCAUAGGGACUGAUGAGUUAAAAGAAAAGUUGCAAAACAUAAAAGCAAUAAUUCCUUCAACAAUCAAUGAUAUCGAAACUGCCGAAAAAAUUAAAUGUCAUUGCGAUUAUCAUUGUAUAGAGUUUAUUAGAUUAAUGGAACAGCCUAUUAGGUCAUUGGUGGACACCGAAAUCGGGGAGUUUUGUAAUGAAUAUUUAUUAAAUUACUUACCAUUUAGCAUAUUUCCUAAACUUCUAGAUUUGUUUAGGCCUCUAGAACACUCUGGAAAUGAUUUUGAUUAUUGUCUCUCUAGAAAAGAUUUUCGUGAUAUAUUAGUCAAUAUAGUUAAUGCAUUAUAUGAACCUCCUCAAAUCAUUGAUUUAGAGCACGACAGAAUCCUGAAAUCUUUUUUGAGUUCAUUUAUUAGUUAUUUCUUAGGGAAUAAAGACACAUGCAUUGGAUUAUUUUUAGAUCCGCGUCUUAAAUCAAGUUCGAAAUCGAGUCAUUUUUUUGAUGAUAUUAGAGAAUAUGCACUAAACUCAUGCCAAGAAUAUUAUUUAGAAUAUACGGUUUCUAAUAGUAAUUUAGACAAGACAGAACAGGAAUCGGCAAAAGAUGAAUUAAACCAUUAUAUUGGUUGUUCAUUCAUACUGACAAACGAAAAUAAGGAUCUGUGUGAAUGGUGGAAAAAAUCAAAGCUUGUUUUUCCUGGACUAGCGAAUCUUGCAAGAGAAUAUUUUCCAGCAUUAUUGGUCGAUGGAUAUACUCUUUAUGGAGACAAUAUAAUAUGGAAUCUUGAUAGAUUAGCAGCAAUUUAUGAUGAUGAAUUAAACGAGAUGGCCAUCUUGCAUUACAAUAUGAAGCAUAUCAAUGCUUAA